UUCCCAUUCUCAUACUCUAAAAACCACCAUAGCCAUUCCAUUCAAUACCCAUUUCCAUUUCUUGUUCUUGCCCUCCAUUGAUGAACCAAAUCACAAGAACCACCUUCUUCUUCUUCUUGAUCAUCAUGGCCUUGUGUUUCUUGCUCUCAUCGGCCGACCGGAUCGCGGCCGCUUGCUACAACAUGAGGGCCGUGCACCUUCUUUUCGUUCUUGUUCUCGUGCUCUCCGUGGUUUACGCUAUCCGGACUACCAUUCUUACAUGGAUCACUCUCAUGGUGCUCUUGGCCUUCGCCGGGAACCGCCGGAGGGUUCUUGUGAAGAAGGGGAGGAAGAUCACAUCUGAUGUGGCAAUGUCAUCAGCCAAGAUUGUGAUCAAAGAUAAAAGCCUUGUGGCCUUUGGAUGUGCUGCUAUUGUUAGCCUCAUUGCAAUAGCUUUGUUGUGAAGACAAGUUAAUUAAGAUCCUAUGGUUUGCCAAAGAUGGGGAGGUUGCAUUUUGGUGUAGAGGGUUUUCAACCUUAGUUUUGGGCCUUGUAAGAAAAGUGUAUAAAGAGUUGUAUGUAUGUAUGUAUAUUUGAUUUUUAUGUUUUUUUUUUUUUCUUAUUUUCUUAUUUGGGACAUUUCUUUUUCAACCUAGAUGUCUCAUUUAAUUUAGUUACAAAGGUUAUUAUUGAAGAAUUGGAGAAAUGUACUAUAUUUCUAUGCAUCUUUUGAUACUUUUAG